CCUGUUUCUGCCAUACAGGGCAUUUUAGUGACGUUCCGACAUCAGCAGAUCCCUUUCAGCUGUCAGCCGUGUCCGAUCUCUCCAUUUGCUGACCGGAGAGCCGCUCCCUUUGCUGCUGCUGAGCCUCUCCGAUCUCCUCUGCCUUGCUCGCCACUCGACUCGCAGCUCUCUGUGGCAGCGGCAGCUCCUCCAGCAUGCUUGGCUUGUGGCUUCUCGCCCUGACAUUCGCCCUGGUGCUGUGCUUCCCGACGGUUGACGCCGUCAGCUUGAAGCAGGUCAGUCCGGGCCCAUUGCAUAGCCUCAGGUCUUGUCUACUCGAGUCACCAGCUGUGUGUUGUUCUCUCCAUGAUGUUCUCUCUCUCUCUCUGUGUGUGUGUGCGUGUGUGUGUUGUGGAUUGCUUGCAGCACGUGCACAGCGAUGGCGGCGCCUCGUUCGUCAACGCGCCGCUGGUUCGCAGCAUGACUGCCCCUUCCCGUCCUCCCCUUCCAAACACACAUCGUGGCACCGGGCCACCUCCGCUCGCAGCUUUCCGCUCUGGGAUGCCAUCCUCCGCCCCGGUGCUCUGCCGAGUGUUCAAGCCGGAUGGCGAAAAUGUCGGUAGCCUGGUGCCGGUCCCGGUGACCGCGUCGACGACGCUGGAGCAGUUAGAGGAUAGGGCGCAGCAGCUAUACAUAGGCAAGGGCAAAGUGGGAAACGAUACCUACUUGGAGCUGGAUGUCAGAACUACAAACAAGUAUCUCGCUGGUCAGUCAGCGGCAAACAGACAGACAGACAGACAGACAGACAGGAAGGAACAAGCGCAUGUAUCACAGACUAGGUAUCACACAUCUCUCUCUCUCUCUCUCUGUGUGUGUGUGUGUGUGUGUGUGUCUGUGUACUUCGUGUGGACGGCGUCACCGCCGCAUUGCUCCAUCCAUCAGGCCGUAAGACCAUCCCCUCUCCGCUUUCUCUUGUCAAGGACGUGUUCAACCAAGGUGAGUCGUCACACACACAGGAGGCAAUCAACGAAAACAUCACGCCGACAAGCAUUCGUUCGUUCGUGUGUUUGUGUGCCAUCCAUCCAUCCAUCCAUCGUCCAUUCAGGUGAGGGAACUACAGAGAACCCGAUACGGUUCAUCAUCAAGCCCAAGCCGGGUAGCCGCGACAGUGUCAGGGAGGAAGUCAGGCAGCUGCGUGCACUCCUUCGACUGAACCCUUUCUUCACGCCCAUCGUCCCUCCCUGACGCUCUUCCCACGCGAGCAACUCAUUCCUCAGCCUCCUGUAUGCCCUCUACGUCAGUUGGCUGUCAGCGUACGCCAUGUGUCCUCGAACGACAUAGCCGUCGCCGUGCGCCGGCGACAUCCGUCGCUUCGUGCUCCCUCAUCCGGCAGCUUCGGCGACUACGUGUUCGAGUCGGUCACCGACUUGACCAUCGAAGACCCUCAUCUCGUCACCAACGGCGCGCUGCCCUCCCUCCCAGCGACACCGUGCGAUCGCUUCCCGCGACUGUGUUAUGUCUUCAUUAUGACCCCAUCCAUCCAUUUGGUUUGAGAGGGCGGGGUGAGGGAGCUGCUAGUCGCCGACGUCCCCAUCAGCCGAUACGACACGACCUACGGCACCGGCCAGCCGCCGCCAAGUGAGGCCGCAUCCAAUUUGGCCGCAUCCGGCCUUCUCGGUCAGCUGGCACUCGAGUGCCUCGAUGUGACCCUCCGUGUGGACCAGGUGGUGUUGAGCUUUAUGCCCGCACAGCCUAUCGGGGCAUUCCGACCACAGACAUGCCCCAUCAACCACCCCUUCACGACGCCCGAGCUCGCCGCCCGCCUCCCGCCCAUCAAGGCGCUGUGCAUUAGCAUGCCCUAUUGCGUCCACGACCGCUUCGGCAGUGUGCAGACCGACUUCAUCAUGGCCGUCAUGCACAACACACCGGGCUCAAGCGGGUCGAGUUCGGCGGGGAGGUGACUCAAAAUUUGGUCAGCGGGAGCCCGCACCUGCUGCGUCACUCGCCUGUCUAGUUGGCGUUUGGUGCUGUGGAUGAGGCCUUGGCAUCGGCCGGGUCGCCGUUUGUGGUGGUGUCCACUGACGACAGCAGACUUACACUGGAGCGAUAGAUGCCAUUGGGCCGGGCGUGAGAGAGUGGAGAGGCGAUGGGGCUGUGCGGGCUGCCUUAGUGAUAGCCAGCUUGCUUGUUGGUUGAGCAUUUGUUGACCUUUAUCUGAGUGGCGACUUCAUGUCCACCAUGUUCAGCCGAGCGCUAUGACUGACGCAGACAGACAGACUGUACAGGCGGAGUUUGAAUUGAAAAAAGUGUUCC